ACUUGCUCUUCUGGCAUCUAGUCGGAAGACAGAACCAGCAUGAACGCUCUGAAGGCUGUCGUGUUCCUCGGCCUCUUGGCCACCUCCUUCGCUGGCCAGGUCGGCUACGGCCUUGGCUAUGGCGGCCUCGGCUACGGCUACGGCGGCCUUGCCUACGGCACUGGCGUCGGCCACGUGCUCGGCGGAGGCCUCGCCCUCGGCCACGCCGUCGCUGCUCCGGCUGCUGUGACCACCGCCGUCCACCAUGCUCCGGCCGUCUCCUACGCCGCCGCCCCAGUGGCCGUUGCCCGCCCCGCGGUUACCGUCGCUCGCCAGGCGUACACCGUCGCCUCUGCCCCAGCUGUGAGCUACGCCUCAUACGCCGCUCCCGCCGUAGCCGCCGUCCACCACGCUCCGGCUGUCUCUUACGCCGCCGCCCCAGUGGCCGUUGCCCGCCCCGCGGUUACCGUCGCUCGCCAGGCCUACACCGUCGCCUCUGCCCCAGCUGUGAGCUACGCCUCAUACGCCGCUCCCGCCGUAGCCGCCGUCCACCACGCUCCGGCUGUCUCUUACGCCGCCGCUCCUGUGGCCGUUGCCCGCCCCGCCGUUGCCGUCGCUCGCCAGGCCUACACCGUCGCUUCUGCCCCAGCUGUGAGCUACGCCUCAUACGCCGCUCCCGCCGUAGCCGCCGUCCACCACGCUCCGGCUGUCUCGUACGCCGCCGCUCCUGUGGCCGUGGCCCGCCCCGCCGUUACCGUCGCUCGCCAGGCCUACACCGUCGCUUCUGCCCCAGCUGUCAGCUACGCCUCGUACGCCGCUCCCGCCGUAGCCGCCGUCCACCACGCUCCGGCUGUCUCGUACGCCGCCGCUCCCGUGGCCGUUUCCCGCCCCGCCGUUGCCGUCGCCCGCCCGGCUGUUAGCUACGCCGCCUACGCCGCUCCCGCUGUUUCGUACGCCCGCCCCGCUGUCAGCUACGCCUCCUACGCCGCUCCCGCCGUUGCCGUCGCCCGUCCCGCUGUGGCUGCCGUCCAAGCUGCCCCAGCCGUGACCACCGUCCACCACGCUCCGGCCGUGUCCUACGCCGCUGCUCCCGCCGUGGCUGCUGUGCACGCUGCCCCAGCUGUCGGCUACGGCACCGCCCUCGGCUACGGCUCCACCUUCGGCCACGUCCUCGGCGGUGGUCUCGCUCUCGGACACGCUGUCGCUGCCCCAGCUGCCGUCUCCACCACCGUUCACCACGCCACUCCGGCUCUCGCCACGGCCCCAGUUGCCACCUACGGUGUUGGCUACGGCCACGGUCUGGGCUACGGUCUCGGGUACCAUGGCCUCGGCUAUGGUCUGAGCUCCGGCUACGCUCUUGGUGGCUACAACUACGGCCUCGGCGGCUACAGCUACGCCCUCCACAAGAAGAAGUCGGAAGACAGAACCAGCAUGAACGCUCUGAAGGCUGUCGUGUUCCUCGGCCUCUUGGCCACUUCCUUCGCUGGCCACGUCGGCUAUGGCGGCCUCGGCUACGGCUACGGCGGCCUCGGCUACGGCUACGGCGGCCUCUCUUACGGCACUGGCGUCGGCCACGUGCUCGGUGGCGGCCUCGCCCUCGGCCACUCCGUCGCUGCUCCCGCUGCUGUGACCACCGCCGUCCACCAUGCUCCGGCCGUCUCCUACGCCGCCGCCCCUGUGGCCGUCACCCGCCAGGCCUACAGCGUCGCCGCUGCCCCAGCUGUGAGCUACGCCUCGUACGCCGCUCCCGCCGUCCAGGCCGUCCACCACGCUCCGGCCGUCUCCUACGCCGCCGCCCCUGUGGCCGUUGCCCGCCCCGCCGUUACCUACGCCCGCCAGGCCUACACCGUCGCUGCUGCCCCAGCUGUCAGCUACGCCUCGUACGCCGCUCCCGCCGUCAGCCGCCGUCCACCCGCUCCGGCCGUCUCUUACGCCGCCGCCCCUGUGGCCGUUGCCCGCCCCGCCGUUACCUACGCCCGCCAGGCCUACACCGUCGCUGCUGCCCCAGCUGUCAGCUACGCCUCGUACGCCGCUCCCGCUGUCGCCGCCGUCCACCACGCUCCGGCCGUCUCCUACGCUGCCGCCCCUGUGGCCGUUGCCCGCCCCGCCGUUGCCGUAGCCCGUCCGGCUGUCAGCUACGCCGCCUACUCUGCUCCCGCCGUAACCGCCGUCCACCACGCUCCGGCCGUUUCCUACGCCGCUCCCGCCGUUUCGUACGCCCGUCCCGCUGUCAGCUACGCCUCCUACGCCGCUCCCGCCGUUGCUGUCGCCCGUCCCGCUGUGGCUGCCGUCCACGCUGCCCCAGCCGUGACCACCGUCCACCACGCUCCGGCCGUGUCCUACGCCGCUGCCCCAGCUGUCGGCUACGGCACCGCCCUCGGCUACGGCUCCACCUUCGGCCACGUCCUCGGCGGUGGUCUCGCCCUCGGACACGCUGUCGCUGCCCCAGCUGCCGUCUCCCACACCGUUCACCACGCCACUCCGGCUUUCGCCACCGCCCCAGUUGCCACCUACGGUGUUGGCUACGGCCACGGUCUGGGCUACGGUCUCGGAUACCAUGGCCUCGGCUACGGUCUGAGCUCUGGCUACGCUCUUGGUGGCUACAACUACGGCCUCGGCGGCUACAGCUACGCCCUCCGCAAGAAGAAGUAAAUGCUGAGAACAAGGUGAUAGACGACACCGCUAGGAAGGAUAGCGCCAGGACCUGCUGGCAAGACCUGCACUUCAGACUAUUUAUGCUGGUUCUCCGUGUUCCGAUAAUAAAAGGUUGUCAGACUGAAAACAAUGUGGGCU